ACUCAUUACUAGUAUUUAAUAAUUCGCAGUAAGAUUUAGAACAAAAGAAGUAUCGGAUAAAACGGGAGUCAACGGUAGUCUUGCGUGUUUCGCCAGCAACAAUUUCUGUGAUUGCAUCGACAAUCAUGCGAGGCAAUCCCCCCUCAUUACAAUCACACGAUACCAUUGAGUAGUCUAUGAUCAUAAAAUAAAUCAUUAAUAAAAAUAACCAUAAAAUUUUUAAAUAUACAAAAAUAUUUAUUUUUUUGCAGAAAAAAAAAUAGGACACAUAUUUAUUGACCUGCGCUAGUAGAAAAAAUAAAUAAUAACAAUUUAGUCUCAGAAGACUACACUAGACGAAACAGAUUAACAUUUAAGUUUGCGAACUCCCAGGUUUGCGUGUCAAGCGUUAACUGACCCAAGAGAGAAAGAUUAUCGACCCCAGCUUGACCGUCUUAACUUACCACAACGGGUUGUAACACACUUUGACUCAAAACCUAUGCGGACGUUACUUUGCAUAUUCUGAUAUCAUGUCUACUAUUCACUCUACCUCUAUACUUUUUAUACUGUAAAAAAACUGGAAGUGAUUACAGAUUUUAUUUAAAAAGAUCACUUCGAAUACGGAGUAAAUAGAGAAUUUUUUUUUUAGCAGUGAUCUGGAUUUUAUUUCAAUCUGUAUUCACUCUCUCGGCUGCCAAUUUCAAAACAGUGGAACUAAAAAUACUAAAUUAAUUUUGAAAAAUUUGUCUCUUACUGUGUUUUGAAAUUGGGCAGCCGUCCCCUUCGGAGUGAAUUUCCUCCAAGGAAAUUAAAUAAAAAAGCAGUCAUCCACUCUAUAUUUAAUCCGCUUUCACUCCGCAAAUUUUUUACCGUAUAUUCAUCUCUUUAAUUUUAAUUUAUAUAUAAUUACUUAAUUAUAAAUUAACACUGCAACACUAAAUAAUUUAAGUUGAAUGAGUACAAUAAUUAUUUUCAAGGAUUAAGUAAUCGUAAAUUAUUUUUUUUAUUUGUUUCUAUAAAAAAAAAAUAUUGUCAAUAGUACAAGCAACAGAGCGUUGCCAUCAUGACAAUCAUCCGGCAAGAUCACUUCCCAAAAUCAUUAGCAUUUCCUAUCACGCAUUACUACAAUUGUUAAAAUAUUUUCAUGCGUACAGUAACUACUUUAUCACCUACGUGUUCUAUUUUAUUAAAAAAAAAUCUAUUCAGCGAUUUCAAUGACCGCGUGAGCCAUCGAAUUUUUCAUUUUUUAUCUAUCUGUAAACUAUUAUAUAUAUGUUAUAUUAUAUGAUGCAUUAUAGUUUUAUUACCAAGACUAACAAUUUAUUUUUUACAACUUUUGUAAUAACGAAUUACUGAGACCAUGUGCACAGCAGCAUAUCAAAACUUUCUAGAGAGUUUUAUUGCGAGCAAAUAAAUUUAUGUUGCAUUUGUUAAAUAAUGAACCAACAAAUCCUCAGCGAAUAACUACAAGUUUAUAAUCAAAGAUAAUCUUCAGCUGAUGAUCUUAUGAGGUCAGACUUUUAAAUAAAUGUAUGUCGGUCAAAAUGUUAAACGCGAAGGACGUCCUAAAGGUUUUAAAUAGGAAUAUUUAAACUUAAUCACGUACAUUUAUUUUUAUAAUAAAAAAAAAGUGAAAAAUUAGAGACCAUUUUUAACUUUCAUCUCUACGGUAAAUUAAAUAAACUUUUACUUUGACAAGUUACGGUAAUUUGUUAUAAUAAAAAUAGUAUUACUUUUGUUUUUAUUGAGGGUGAAAAAAAAAUAGUCAAGGAGUUACUGAAAAGUUAAAAUGAUCCUGCGUACAAAUCGAUAUCUAGGGAGAGCAUGUUCUGGACAUUAAACACCUGAGCAUACUGGUAAUGUUGUUGGUGUUAUUGCUGCUGGUGGUAUUGUACGUCAGGUUUUAGUACAAUGGAAGGAAGGGUCGUAGUAACUGGACGAUACUUUUACGACGUAGCUAAAUUUCAAACGUUUCGUGGUGUGUAAAUCCGCCGGCCGCUGGCCAGUUCUUCACCGUGACUCGACACGAGCGGAUUGUAUACCUGGUGGUCUCUUGCUCCUGCUCCUGUUUUAAGUUUUAUUCUAAUCUGUUUGCUACCAUCUAUCCAACUUCUCUUUGCUACCAAGUGCUAUUAUCUUAAUCGAUCCAAGACUGCGCAAAAUAUUAUAUUUAUUAUAUUUACUUGACAAUUAAAAAAUCCAAUCAAUCAAUCAGUUGAUUAAUUAAUUAAUUACUUAAUUUUUUAUCAAACGUGAUAUGAAAGUUUGAUAUUCUGUUUAUUGUUUGCAAGCUUCUUCGGAAGCUAUCCAACGUCAUUGGUAAACGUAACAAAACUGCUGAAUCAUGAACUCACAGUUAAUUCGUCUUGCUCUUCUUCUAAUUAGUGGUGCCAGUGUUAUUUCAAGUUACGGAUGCGGUAAAGAGGAUCAUCAGAAAUGUGUUACGUUAGCGGAUCCAUUACUUAAAGAUCCUCAUCUUAUUUUCCCAGAUAAUAUGCAAGAUAUCGAUUUAGUUUGCCGAUCCUGGGCAGGUUUUGUCGAUUGCAUAAAACAAUAUAUCGAUAGAUGCUUCUCUAAACAAAGAAGAGAUCAAUUUAAUGCAGCCGUCGAAGCUCCGAUAUCUUCAGUCCAUCAAAUGUGUUCUGUUUCCACAUAUCAAGCUGAGUAUCUCCAGCAUGCCAGUUGUCUAAAAGCAACGGUAACAGAGUCUCAGCAUUGCGGUAACGAAUACUCAGCACUUGUCAAUGAAGUUUCACGGGGUGAAAUGGCGCGCGCGAAUCUCUGCUGUUUACAUCAUCAGUUUAGAUCAUGCGUAAUAACUGAAACACGUAAACGAUGCGACAGAGGAGAUCCUUCAGGCGCUGCUUCAAGGUUUUCACGGCAAAUUCUUGAUCGCGCUCUUAGUUUUCUGCAAGAGCAAUGUCAGAAUUAUAUCCCAAAUAAUAGAGACUGCGUCAACUCAGUGACUGAAAACUCAAUACCUUUGUCUGUGAGCUCCAUUGACGAAAGCUCCAGCCGCGGUACCAAUCGUCGGCCUUAUCAUCGUACAUUAUCACCAGAAAGCUAUUCAGGUCAAGCAAGUAGUUUCCAUGGAGCCAGUACUAGUGCGAUGAAUGGGCCAUCAUCAUACCGAAGCACCGGAAGAUCUUUGAACGUUCUGUCAAAAAAUGAAGAAUUUGACAGCCGACCGGCGCCGACAAUAGUCGCCUCGGAAACUCAACGUCAGUCAACUACAGAAGCUCCAAGUUCCAGUCCGGAAGUCGCAACACCUAAAAGUACAACAGACUCACCCACGGAAACGGAAGUAAAAACGACUGAAGAGAAAAAAGAAACAUCGACAAUCACUCACAGUAUUGAAGAGCCGGCUGUUGUCGUCACUCAACGAUCACAAAAUUAUGGAAGAGGUAUUUCUUGGACUACACCUUCUCCGAAAGUUACUACGGAAAUUCCAGCUUGGGCUACUAGUUCUUGGGUAACUUCUAAAGAUCAGGAAGCGGCAACUGAAUCCUGGUAUCCAGAUGCUGGAAGUUUUGGAGGAAAUAAUAUCGAUGAACCAAACCAACAAGGUCUCAGAAACGGACAAUCCCGAUUAAGAAUGAAUUUAUGUCUAACAGUUAUAUUAAUUUUCGUGGUUUAUGCAAUAUAAAUAAAUAUAUAUUUAUAUAUUUUUUGUUUCGAUCAUCGAAUUGUUGUGUAUAAAAUUUAAAUUUAAAUGGGCGAAGCAAAUAUUUAAU